GUAGAAAGCUUGUAGAAGAUAGUGCUGUUUAUGUUUUUUUUUAAAGUCUAAACUUAUGAUACUUCAUCGUCUUUUUUAUUGUUUUGGAUUUUUUUUUUCUUUUUCUCAGAACCUUUGAAUUUUUUUGCUGUUGAUGUUAAAAUUAAGCUCAGUUUUGAGUACUUUUGAUGUUAUAUCAUUGUCUUUCCCUUCGUUAAUCCUACAAUGAUUGAUACGUAGACAACAAAAACAUCUCUCAAAGGGAUGCAAAGUUACAUUUCUCAGAAUGCUAAUAAAGAGUCUUAGUAGUAACUUAAGACUGAUACUUUAGCCUGAGGACCACCUUGUACAUAGACAAAAUCAUGUGUUUGUCCGGCUCUCAGAGUCUUUUGCCACUGAGGAAGCUGGUAGGUAUUCUUUUGCCCUGUUGGGAUUAGACCCCAUAUAGGUCCCGAGAGGUCUUCAAUCUUGAGCUUGAGAUCCGAUAUCUGUUUCUUAGAAUUGUUCUUGAUAAUCACUUUGUGUCUGUAGUACCUCGUGUUCCCAGCCAGCAUUGUGUUACAAGUGUCAAAAAUUUUAAGAUUCCUUAUUUCAUCGUUUUUGCUCACACAUAUCACGAUGUCCUCAUAUCUCUAUAUAACAGCAGAAUUAAUGAACAUCUUCGAACAACACAAAGAAAAAAUCUAUCAUACCUAAACACACGGUCGAGAUAUAUAGAUAUGGAGACUGUAGUGGUGAUUGUGGGAGCUGGACCAGCUGGUUUAGCAACAUCAGUUUGUCUAAACAAACACUCAAUCCCAAACUUGAUCCUCGAGAAAGAAGACGUAUAUGCAUCACUUUGGAAGAAACGAGCCUACGACCGUCUCAAACUUCACUUAGCCAAAAACUUCUGUCAGCUGCCUUUCAUGCCGCAUGGUCCUGAUGUUCCAACUUUCAUGCCCAAAGAAUUUUUCAUCGAUUACCUUGACGCUUAUGUCACCCGUUUUGACAUAAAUCCUAGAUAUAACCGAACCGUGAAGUUCACAAUGUUUGACGUGUCUAACAACAAGUGGAGGGUAGAGGCCGAAAACACAGUGACCGGAGAAAUCGAAGUGUACUGGUCGGAGUUUGUCGUGGUCGCAACGGGAGAGAACGGAGAUAGAUACAUUCCUGAGGUAAAAGGACUUAAUAAUUUCUAUGGCGAGGUUGUGCAUUCCAGUAUGUACAAGUCCGGACGUGACUACAAAGAUAAAAAUGUUCUCGUAGUCGGAGGAGGAAACUCCGGGAUGGAAAUAAGCUUUGAUCUAAAUAACUUCGAUGCUAAUACCGCCGUUCUCAUUAGGACUCCAAACUAUGAGUACGUGAUGCGGGAUGAUGGCUUCCCCAAAAAUCCAAUGCCAGAUCAUUGGAAAGGAGAGAAAAAUAUUUAUUGUGCUGGAUUUUCAAGGAAGGGAAUCGCUGGAGCCGCUCAAGAUGCGAUGUCUGUCGCCCAAGACAUCAAAUCUAUUUUGGAAACGGCCAGAUACUAAGGAAUUCUCAAAACAACCACCAGAAAGAUUGGAUUACAAUAUACACUUAUACUAGGUGAAUCACCGUAUGUAUACGCAGAAAUUAAUAUUUAGUAAAACAAUAAUUUGUAAUAGUUAUUAAUAUUUAUUUUGUUUUUGUUUUAUAUUUUAUAUUAUGUUAACUAAACCAGUGAUUUAUGAGUUAUUGAGUUAAGAUAUUUUAAUGUACUUGAUUUUGCAGAAUAUUCAACUUUGCUAUGAUAUGUUCCUAAGAUUCUAGUUUGAUUUUAAUAUAGUGUAGUUAGUUUCUUGUUGCUUGUAUGGUUAUUUUAAUUAAAAUUUUGUAUUUUGUUUAUGUAAGUCCUGGUAUAACUGAUAUACCUAGUACAACUAAGAAAACAAUAUAUAUGACUCGUAUAACUGGUAAUACUAAGUUCUUUUAAUAACUCAUAGUUGUAUUUUCAUAUUUAGAAGAAUUUUUUUCAUGUUUUAGUUGUCAUUUUUUGCGUGUAAAACUUAUAGAUAAAUUUACAUUAAAUUUUCAGAAAAAUUCCUUUAAUUAUUUUAUUUUCUUCAUUGUUUUUCUUUUUCUUCGUUUGUAUUUGAUUUUCAAAUAUUCUUUUUAUUGUUUUCACUUGUUAUAUAUAUAUAUUUCCUUUUCAUAAAUAUAAAUAAUGCUUUACUGAAUAUAUUUAAUACGAGUUAUUACAUAAAAAUCUAAUUAAUAAAGAUGAAUAUGAAAUUUGAUGGACAAUGUGUUAAAAAAGUUGAUGGACAGUAGAAAGUAUUGAAUCUUGCCGUCGCAAAUAUUUUGGACAAUUCCCAGAUCAAUGACUGGAGUUCUCCCGAUAAAUAAUUUGGUGGCGGAAAGACCUUGUUUUGGUCAAACAAAUCCAUAUUUGGAGGGAUCUCCGUACUUCAAUAACAUUUCCUUAGCCAUCAAUAUCACCAAUGUGCAACCAUAGUCACCGAAAAAUACUUCAGCAAUGAAAUCCACAAGUAUACCUCUUGUUUGGUCAAUACAUGCUUCUGCACGAAUUUAGAGAAUGGAUUUUUCUUAAGAGUUCACCAUUUAAGAAUAUUAAAAAGUUAGUUGUUAAGCGCUUACUAUUGUUUUGAGAAAUAAAUAACUUCUUUUCCUUAUUAAAGUUGAAGAAACCAAAUACAUUGAUAAAACUCAUAAUAUAAUAAGCUAGCCAAAGUUGACCAAAAAAAAAAAAAACUAGCCAAAGAUCAUAGCGAUUAGCACUAUCAUAUAUCACUACGGUCUAUAGAACUCAAACAUCAAUAAUCCAAAUGAGUAUUUAACCAUGAAUAGAUAAAAUAUCAAUUAUUGUUGAGAGGCAUAGUAGUAAUUAUUUCAGACUAAAAAAAAUCUAAACCACAAUUUGACAUGCAAAAGAAGUGUGCAGUUGUUUUUUUAAAUAUAGAACUAUAUAAUAAAUUCUAAAACCCGGGCAUCCAAUGUCGGUUACAACUUUGUCUCGAAGAAAAUUAAACUAAUUUUAAUCUUACGCAACUAGCUUCACAUCACUAUCUAACUGGCACUUUUCGCUAGAUAGUUCGAGAAUCCUUCAGUUACCAGUUCCCGUUCUCAACGAUGAUGGUAACCCGGGGAAGGUGGGUUUAACCUUGUUGCCUGGGAUGCCAUAAUUCCCAAGACGUCACUAGAAGUAGCUGGUUCUUGAUGUUCUUAUCACAGCAUGUAAUCUUCAUUGACCUUUAAGCACGAGACGAAGAAAGUGAGAGGAGGAUCCAAAAUAGACACACCUGAGCGAGCUUAAGAAGAAUCCAAGCUAUACACACUCGCCAUUGACGACGAAACAGAAUGCAAGAACAUGGAUUGUAACCGCGACUGCCUCUUAACAAGUAUGGGAUCCUUAACCUGCACAGAAUCGAGUCUAACACACUAACAAGGUUGACCAAGGGCCAACGAUGGCACUGGAUGUGUGUUCCGACCAAAUGCUGACACCGCAAUGACCCUCUUGGUGGGUUUUUUUUUUUUUUUUUUGUGAAAAACGUUUUUGUGAAGAUUCUCAGGCGCUUAUUUUUGCAAUAUGUUGUUAUGUUAGUCUUCAUUAGAUCCAUGUUUUCUAAGAAACGUUAGAUAGAUAACUAGUUUUUGCUAUAAAGUACAAAAAACUAAUUUAUAAACUUUUCUUUUUUUUUGUUCAACCAAACAGUUCUUAUUUUAUUUUAUAUUUUCAAACAUUUAUGCAUGAUCUCUAGAUUCAGUUAUGCAUUGAACUGUUGCACACUGGAAGUAAUGAUAUCGUUUGAGUUUUAUAUGGGUCAACAUUAACAUAGGAACAUA